GUUAUAAUAAAGUAUUGAUUAAAAGGUAUUAAUAGUGGGGGAAAAUUUCACUGGUUGACGCGUAAAGCAUCAACAGAUCGGACAAUGUUUUUGUAUUUACCUUAUGGGAAAAGAAAGACAAUUAACCAACCGUCACUAGAGCAUAGACAAAAUGGAUAGACAGGCAUUGUUAGAGGAGAAAAGGCGACGGGUUCAGGAAUUAAAGCAACGGAAACUUAAUAAUUCCUUAAAUGAUACUACAUCAGUGGAUCAUAUUCUUGGACUGAUUCUUAAACCUUCACAAUCUAAGAAUCAAGUAAGUAUAGGAAUUCAAGUAAAUACUAAUAGUGUGGAACAGAGUGCGAAUGGUUAUGUACAGAUCAAGACAAGUACCGAAAAAGAACUCGCAACUUAUGAUAAAGCAGUUCAAACCAAUGACAUUGAGCAUGCGAACAAAGAAGAAGAGGAAGAGGAAGAGGAGGUAGUUCAAGUUGAAGAUAAAGAUGAAGAUAAAGCUGUUCAAGAAGAAUCUUCUAAAAAGCAUGAAGUAGAACCAGUUCUAGAACUGGACUUAAACAGUCUGUUGAUUGAAUCAUUAAAGUUAAUUAAUAAGAUUCAUGUAUCUGGAAGUUUCGAUGUUAAUCAAUUUUCUUAUCGUAGAUCAACUACUCAAGAUUCUUCACCACAACUAACAACUGCAAAUGUUCCUAUAAUAAAGAUAUUAGAAUUUAAUAAUAAAGAUAAUAGAAGAAUUACAUGUAUAAAUGUUAGUCCUCAUGAUUCAAAUUUAGUUGUAGUAGCUUAUGCUAAUGAAACUAGUUCUAUUCCUACUGGCCAAGCCAUUAUAUAUUCAAUAAAUUCUACAAAUGUAUUUCCUGAAUAUUAUCUUAGUUGUUCAUCUCCUAUAUCAUAUAUUGAAUUUGAUAAAAUGAAGCGUGAUAGAAUUAUUGGAGGUUUAGCUGAUGGUAAAAUAGUUAUUUGGGAUUAUUCAACAAGUACCUCUAAACUUAUCUUAACUCCACAAUUAUCAAGUCCAGCAUAUUCUAAUAUCAUAUUAACAAAUCAGAAAAUACCCGAUCAAGUUAAAUUUCGUCCUCAUAAAUUACCAGUUACUAAAAUUCUUCAAUUAAAGAUUGAUACUAAUGAUUGUAUUCUUACAUUUUCUGAAGAUGGAUUAAUUAAUAUUUGGUCAUCAAAUUUAUUAGCUACUCCAAAAUUUGAUACUAUUCAAGUAUUCAAACCUUCCAAUGAUGAUGAAUUUCAAACUAAUUCAAAAUUACCCAUACCAAUUUCAGAUGUAGAUCUUGUAGGUGGAGAUGCCAAUUAUUUAUUAGGUGAUUCAAAGACAUUACCAUUUUUAAAUAGUUUGAUUAUAUCUAAUCAUAGUAGAAACUAUCGAAUAGAUGCAUCGGAUACCAAAUUUAUAACGGCAAUUCCAUUCAAUACUCCUCAAGGGGUUUUGCCUAUAACAGUAUUAAAAACGAGUAUUAUAUCAUGUGGAAGUAAUGGAUCUAAAUAUAUCAUUUCUUCGUAUUCAGACUGGAGUUUAAAGAUCUGGGAUUUCAAUAAUUUUAAUAAACCUGUGAUUGAAAUCCCUACUAAAAGCUUCAUAUCUGAUCUUGCGGUAUCACCCACAAAUUCAUCCCAGAUUAUAACGACUACUAAUAUUAAUGGAAGUUCUCAGAUCCAAUUCUGGGACUUAAAUGUUAAAUUAUUUUCUCCCCAAUUUGAAAAGGAAGUUGGUGAUCAAGGUGAUAUAAUUACAAGCAUAACAUUUGCCAAAGAUGGUAUGGUUGUACUCUUAGGAUUCAGUAGUGGUAGAACAGAAGUUUGGAAUGUAGAGCAGGAUUAUAUUCAUCACAAUAGAAAUACGAUUGACGAAUUAGAUAAUGGAUUACCAGGUUAUUUAAGUAGAAAGAAAUUAAUAUAA